AUUUGGUUUAUUGUUGCGAAUAUCAGCAACGAAGAUGCGCGGGAUUUCAUUAGUUUUGUUGCUUUUAGCAUGCAGUGCUUUGGGAAAGACGGUGCCACCGGAUAAUGGCGUGUAUGACUACCACUUAAAGGUGGGAAUGCAUGAAGCAGACAGGAUAAGAAAAGCGGAAAAUGAGCAAAGAGUUGCUGGAGGUUCGACCACCACUGUCGCUGCAGUUCCAUACCAGGCCGGCCUCAUCAUCACAUUCCGGCUGAUCCAGACCUCAGUCUGCGGAGGCACCAUCAUCUCCGACACUCGGAUCCUGACUGGAGCUCACUGCAACAACGAUGGCAACAACAUCGCCAACUCCAUCACCGUCGUCGUCGGCUCCAACUUCCUCUUCGCUGGCGGCACUCGAGUGGUCUACACUGGUGUGACUAUGCACCCUGGCUACAACCCCUGGAUCUUGGCUAAUGACGUUGCGGUUGUCUUUAUCCCCAGGAUUAGCUUUUCUUUGUUCAUUCAACCGAUCAACCUACCCACGGGUAGUGAGCUAUACAGUAAUUACGUCGGGACAACUGGUCUAGCUUCCGGAUUUGGAAUCACCAGAGAUGGUGACGCCGUCGGCUUGACCCAGAUGAUAAGUUCCGUGAACUUGAGGGUGAUACCUAACGACGAGUGCGCGAGUACGUACGGCGGCGUCAUCCAGCCCAGUCAUAUGUGCACCAGCGGCGCUGGUGGGGUCGGAACCUGUCUCGGCGACACUGGAGGACCGUUGGUCGCUACUGUCAAUAACAGGAGGGUGCUUAUCGGUAUCAGCUCCUUCACGCCGCGCGAUGGUUGCCAGCGAAACCUGCCAUCUGGAUUCUCCAGGGUCACUACAUUCGCAUCAUGGAUCCGCGAACAAUAACUCUUACCAAAUAAACAAAGUUUUCAUCAUA